AUGGGUGAAACAAUAGUGGUACUGGAUCGGUCGGUUCGACCACCGUCGCCACAGCCACAGCAGCAGCCACAGCCACAGCUACAGCUACAGCCACAGCAACUACAGCAACGGUCGUCAGCAUCACCGCCUUCCUCCUCAACAACUGUGCUUGAAACGUUCGAAAAUCUAGCAUUGGCACCGCAGCAGCCGGACCUCGACAUUGAAUCCGAACUUGGGCAUGAACCUGCUGAUGAGCAAUUCGAGACUGGUUCACAGCUGCAGCAACAAGGGGGAAAUGCUGACAUGAUAGAAGGAGGUGUGCAAGAAGCAUUAGACAAACAAUCAUCACAACAACAAAACAUUCAAGAAGCAUCUUCGACUGGACAGAUUUAUUCGGAUGCAAUUUACGAUGCAUGCGAUACACCGGUACAGGACGAUGCUAAUCCAGCGACGAUGGGUGCCAUUGUAGAAACUGAGAAGAAAAUUUUCACUCAGAUCGAGCUUUUACUGACGCAAAUCAAAGGAUUGAGGGAUAAUGAACUAAAAGAGAUGCUAGAUAAAUUCAUACGAAUCUAUCGUUAUUCAUUUGAACGGUGCGUUUUUUUGCCCUAUCCAGAGGGUUGUGAAGAGACUGAUCCGCAUGCCGCGCUUCGACACCACUUGUCACUGCGUUUGGAUCAAUGGAACGAGUGGUUCGCAGACAAGGGUGUGGACAGGACGUUGGGUCGUCGAUUCAAGGAUCCGAACAGCAAGAACAAGGCGCGUAUGGAGGGUGAUGAGGCUCGAGGCCUGGAAGAGAUGAAGCAGAGAAUACAGCAGAUCGAGCAGGAGAGGCUCUAUGAGGCCGAGCUACAGAAGUAUCAAGCUGAUCAGGAGAAAUUGGAACCUAUUAUACCGACUACUUCUGAGGAAGCAAAACGCUUAGAAAAAGAAAAGAAAUCUGAAGAACGGCGUAAUGCAAGAGCUGAACGGGCCAAGGAAAAGAAACGUCAGAAGGAUGUUGAAUUUCUGCGGACGGUCACACUGGAGAGUGCGGUGGGUUUUGUGGAUGAGGCGACACUGGAGGUAUACAAAGCGAAGUGUCAUUUGUGUGAGGAUCGAUUGACAGAUGCUAAGUUCAUGAUUAUUCACGAGAAGAUCAAACAUCCGAUGAUGUUCUUCUGUCAUUACUGCGACCGCACGUUCGCCGCCCACGGCCCGAUGCGUGUCCAUUGUGAGACUGUUCAUUUGGGUUUGCCUAUUGACCCGCCCGGAAGACGACCUCCAGAGAGGGCCAACUGCACGAAAGGCAACAAUAGCAACAACAGUAUGACGGCAGCAUGGCUAGCGUCCAAUAAUAAAACUAAUAAUAUUAUCAAUAAUAAUAAUAAUAAUGUGGCAUCUGGUAAAUCGUUGAUAGUAAAAGGAGAGAACGUCUCAUCGGCAAAUACUGGAUACGGGAUGAAAUCGAGAAAAAUAGCAUCGGUAACGAGCAGUAUUAAGGCAGGCACGUCGGCAGAUGAGGAUAUAGGAAAUCGUUUGCGAGGGAAGAGUUUGGCGCCAAUACGCGCGCGCUCGUACGUUCGCUCGUGUGAGGCGAGCGAAUUAAAGACGGCACGAGAAUGGAAUGGAAAUCAUUCGAGUGGUUUGGUUCAGUUGGGUGCGGUUGGUUGGGGAUUGGGUGGUGAAUGGGCUUGGUGGAAUUAUGGUGUGGAUGUGGACAUUGAUGUGGAUAGAACCGAUUUCGAUGAUAACAUCCAAUUGUCACAACUCAUUAAACCGAAGAAAUUGUCUUGGAAGCAGUCUGCUGCUGCCGAAAAUGAUGAACAGCAACCAGGUCCAUCGGGUGUGAAUACAAGACGUUCGUCUCCACGACGAGGGGGAAGAGGCGCAGGUCGGCGAGUUGUGGCCGCAGCUGGUAGUCGAUGUGAGGACAUGAGAGCAGUGGACGAGGUGAAUGUGGAAGGAGGCACUGAUGACUUGAUUGAGGAUGGACACAACGUCACGAAUGUAGCAGUUCGACGUCGAAGUAAGAGAAUAGAGGAGACUGCUGAUGCGAAGAGCAGAGUGAGACGACGAAAAUUGAGACAACAGAGUGCUGAAGAGCAGGCCGAGGAUCAGAUGGUGAAUGUUGAUGAGGGGUGCGAUGAACAGAUGCUGGUUGGUGGGAAUGUGGUGGCUGAUGGUCAGGCUGGAGAGCAGAGGCGAUCUGGUGAUCGAGAUCGAGAUCGGAUCGGAGAGGAAAGUGCUGGUGGUAUUGUAGGUACGAGAAGAAGGAGACGAAGGAGGAGAGUCACUGAUAAUGAUAAUGAUAUCAAUGGUAAUGAGGGUGGUGAUAAGAUUUGUACAGUGGAUGAUAGGUUGGAUUCGUCGUUGUCGGUUGAUGAAGGGGUGGCUUCGACGAGUUUUGAAACGAAUUCGGGUGGAGUGCUGCAACAGAAUCACCUCGAAAUGAUGAGUAAUAGUUGUGGUGAAGGGGAUCGGGAUCGGGAUGGACAUGCACAUGGCAAUGAAGAUGCUAGACAGCAAUCAAAACAGCAAAGCAGCAACAGUCCGAUGGCACAAGAAAGUACUGGAGUGCUGCAUAGCGGCAGGGGUAUGAAUAGUAGUGAGCGAGUGGCUGAGCAAGAGGCGGCGAAUCACCAGGAAGAUAUUGAUGAUGCGGUGUUAUCAACGCGAAAUAUGAGUGAUAGUAGUGAUAAGGGUGGUGAUACGAUGGUGAUAACGAAUCGAGAUAAGACUACUGGUACAGAUACAGAAGAAGUAAGAGGAGUAGUGGCGACUGAAAGAGACGACAUUCAAAGAGGAAGUCUUACGGAAUGUGGCGGCAGCAUGGCAAAUGAUUUUGCACCUGGGUCUGGGUAUGGUUCAGAGCGGCUGAGUAUGCUGGCAACUGGGACGACAUGUGACAUGGAUUUAGGCGGCAUGGGUAGCAGUGCCCAGCAGCAACAGCAGCCUAAGCCUCGUUUUAGGGAGUAUCGAGAGCGUAUCUGGGCAAGGUCAAGGAAGUUUACUCAAAGAAUCACUACAGAGCGUUUUUAUUUACGUUCCACUGCUAUUACUGCUGCUGCUGCUGCAGCUGGAGAUAGCGUGAACGGUUUGAAUUUGGGUGGUGAUAAGAGCACUGCAAAUGGAUUGUUGAAACGUAGCUCAUCGUUGCCUCCGUAUGGUAUCAUCUCGAUACAUCAGCAGUACACAAGAAACGCGUUGAAGCCAUCGCAGAGUGAGAAUGACCUGGUGAAGCCGUUGAUCUCGAGGGCGAUUACGACAAAUAUUGUGGAGGUAUUGGAUAAACUGCUAGCUGAUCCAUUUUCAUUGACCUCAUCGGAUUCGUCGUCAUCGUCGACCUCAUCCUCGACAGUGGGCUGGAUGAGGUCAAGGUCGGCGUCCAGUGCAGGCACAAGUCUUUCAUCAGCACCCGUCGUAUACCGCAAAGAGACCGUCUUGAGGGAAUUGGACUCUUCUAGUGUUGGUACUGGAGCUGGAGCUGGGGUCGGAGUCGGAGCUGGAGUUGCAGCAGUUGGAGCACAACUUGGUGAUGCCGGAAUUCAUAGUAAUAGCGCUGCGAGUGUUGGCGAGGGUAGGAUCGCUCCACUUGUGGCUGCUGCUGCUGCGGGCGCAGGGACGAUUGGCAGUGGCCAGGAUGAUUUAGUGAUUCGUGCAAGUGAUAUAUUGAGGAGUUUGAAUUCGAUAUCGUCAAGUUCGAGUUCGAGUAGCAGCGACGAUAGCGACAGCGAUAGCGAUGACAGCAGCAGCUCAUCGAGCAGUUCGGAUUCGUCGAGUGAUAACGACUCGACUGACAAUGGUGAUAAGACAACGAGCAAAGCCACUGAUAAGACUGCCGCCCUUAUCAGUGGGAAUGAUACAGCAACUAGGUUGUUGCUGGCACAGUUAAGGCAGUUACACAGCAAAAGAACUGAUAACAUUAACGAUAAUGAUAACAGUAAUGAUAAGACUAAUAAUGAAGACGAGAACGGCUCAGAUCGAAUGCACAAUAUACUGCCAACUACUGAUCAUGCUUCAACUGAUCAACUACUGAUGCCAGCUGAUCAAGUGAAUGAUCAUGCUUCAAUAAUAAAUACCUCAUUAGAUGAACACAGAAACGAUAUGCAGCAGCUGGCGAGACCUUUUGAGGUGAAAAUGGGUGUUGGUGAAGCAGAAGGAGCAUCGUCGGCAAGAGGGCCGUCUAGACUGGCGGCAUGUACACAGCAAAGUAGUGCUGAACGAGGAGCUGAAGCUGUAGAAUCAACGGCAGCAGUAGCUGAGGGUUAUGGCAGCGUGUCGACAUCCAGUAAUGAACUCUUAAAGCGGAAUUAUCAACGUGCACAAGGUCAGCGAGGAGCAGCAGCCAAUGUAGCAGCAUCAGGUAGUAGUGGUGGUGGUGGUGCGACAGGCCUGGAGGCGACAGAUGGUGAGGGUAAGGCUAUGGGUACGGGUACGGGUACGGGUACGCCUAUGGGUACGGGUACGGAUACGAACUGUGCAGCUAGUGGGCCACUGAAGUUGUUACGAGCGGUGAAAAUAACACCGAAAGAGAAAGGCAAGAGGGCAGAGCCACGGGUGGCGAAAGAUAGAGCGAUCUCGAGGGCAUCUGAGAUCUUGGCACGAAUGCGGAAGGUUGUGGUGCAGUCGAAGACGGCUGAGGGAGGCGAUCGUGACGGCGGCAGGAGCAGGCAGGAUCAGAGUAAGCAGUCGUCGUCAUCCGAGACCAAGGGCAUUCUCAAGGCCAGGCAGAUACUGGCACGCUUGAGGCAGCAGGCGCAACAGGCGAAGAGCGUACAGGAGGAUAACAACGUCGUCGAUGAGGAUGACGACGACGAGGGUGGUGAUAGUAAUUAUGGGAGUGUGGCGACUGCUGCGAAGAAGAGAGUUAGAGAAGGAAACGAGGUGAAAUACCGUAAGAAACGAAGAGAUCUAGGCAUGAAGAGAAGAAAAAAGAGUGCUCUCGAGCCGGAGAUUACGAGCACAACUUUGGGCAGUGCUAUUUGUGGUACGAGCGAUACUGGUAAUAAUAAUAAAUAA